CGAUUUACUUGCUUGCGACCAGUUCGUCAUCGACGAGCGCCAAGUGCGCACCCACGCGAUAAUGCCUUCCUUCGAUACAUCUCGAAUCGCGAUCCCCGUUCGUUUCCAUUGACGAGUUUUUGAUCCGUGAGACAAUCCUCGGAGAUCGCUUCGCGAUUCUCGUAAUCGAUCGCGUCAGGUGAAAAUUAUUUCUGGUGCAAUCUGUUUUGCUUCGAAUUGAUUUCUUCUUUAACAGUUUAUGAAGAACUUUAAAACAUUUAAAUCGCCUAUUUGUAAGAGAAGUCAUAAACAGCUGCUAAAAGAUCUUUCAAUUAAACAGAGAAUGAGAAAAUAUAUCGAUUGAAUGAUAAAAUGUGCAUUCAAGAUAUGCAGCGCGAAUGCGAAAACGACAAACACGUUGUGCACGAUGAAAAGUGGUUUUAUGCGAGAAAGAAGAUAAUAAAUACGUUAGUUAUGACUGAUAAAAUAUUUUAUACGGACUUUUCUAGCUGUUUGAUGUGUUAAUGUUAUUAUACCUGAGGAUUCAGUUAGCAUUUAUUUAUAGUUGAUAUCUUACGAUACUACAGUAAUUUGGAAAUGGCUAAUGCUUGGAAUGAAUUAUUCUGCGUUAGAAUACAAACCCUUAUUUCGGCACAAUAGCCGAUCUAUCUUAAACUAGAAAUUACUUAGGUGAAAAACAUGCUCGAUAGGCGAAAAUUUCAAGAAUUAUGAGUAAUAAUGUGCUCGCGACCACGUCGUUCUCGAGAAGAAUUUAGUGGUAUUAUUGAAUGGAUAAAAGAUGACGGUCUCUUAUCAGUAUGAGGUCGCCAGUUCCACCAGCGGUGGAUUCACUAGGCUUCUGUUUAUGUGGCGUGGUUCUCUGUAUAAGCUCAUCUACAGAGAACUGCUACUUUAUUUGCUUCUCUUUGGCACCUUGUCCGCACUUUAUCGUUAUGCUUUUAAUGACGCACAAAAAAGAGAGUUCGAGCAAGUUGUCAUUUACUGCGACACCUUAAUCAAAUUGAUCCCGCUCAGUUUCGUGCUUGGAUUUUAUGUAUCUUACGUGGCGCAAAGAUGGUGGAAGCAAUACAAGGCAAUACCGUGGCCUGACAAGGUAAUGCAUCUCGUGGCUCUCUACAUCAGCGGAAACGACGAAUACAGUCGGAUGCUGCGCAGAGCUCUUAUGCGUUAUCUGAACCUCUCUUUGAUACUUGUCCUACGUUCCAUCAGUUCGGCUGUGAAGAGGCGAUUUCCUACUCUUGAUCAUGUUAUUGAUUCUGGUUUCAUGACCACAUUGGAGCGCGAAUUAUAUCAAUCGGUGCCGAGUAGUGAGUUUAACACUUAUUGGAUACCGAGUACAUGGUUCAUUAAUCUUCUCAAGGAGGCACGCAAGAAUCACAGGAUACCUGAUCCGCAAGGUUUAAAGUUAAUUAUGGAGGAAUUCAGCGAGUUCCGGACCAAAUGUGGUCUCCUAUGGAGCUACGACUGGGUGUCUAUCCCAUUGGUGUAUACCCAGGUAGUGACGCUCGCUACUUAUAGCUUUUUUGCGGUCGCUUUAAUCGGUCGACAAUACAUUGACGGUGAAAAGCAAUUUCAAUUAAAAAUAGAUAAAUAUCUGCCGAUCUUCACGAUUCUGCAGUUCUUUUUCUUUAUGGGACUAUUGAAGGUAGCCGAACAGCUGAUAAAUCCGUUCGGAGACGAUGACGAAGAUUUUGAGUUGAACUGGCUGAUCGAUCGUCAUAUCAAGGUAUCGUACCUCGGGGUGGACACGCUGAUGAACCGCUGCCCGCCGCUCGUCAAGGACAUUUAUUACGACUCUGAAAAUGUGAGCCUGCCAUAUACGGAAGCGGCCGCGGCGUACAAGAAGAAAACUUAUCGCGGUAGCGUGGCAAAUAUGACGGUGCCUGAAGAAAAACAGAUGAUGUUCCUGCCCGAAAUUUUAGAGGAAGAAGAGGAAUAUAAGAAUAUUCCGACACCUCGCACUUCCACUGUCAGUUUAGCAAAUCCAAACGAGAGUCCGGUAAACGAAAAGCGCCAGAUCAGUGGGUCUGCAACAUUUGCGAAGAUGGCUGGCAAUUGUUCCGAAACGGUUGUGCAGCUGGAUGCAGAUGGGCAAGAGCAACCGAUCGAAAUGGAACAACGGCACGUCAUAACCGAGGCGGUCAAGAAAUUCUCCGCUCUGGCGAAGGGCUCGGCGUCUCACACCGGGAAACCCUUUUUCUCGACAACAAAGUUAACAAAGUUGUCUAACAAUAACCCAGUAAUACAUCAUCCUUGGCCGAGCACGAUGAACAUUUCGCGAUCUAUACCGGUUUCCAUGUCGACCGAAGAGGGAAAUCCUUGGAGGAAGGAUUCGUUCAAGAGUUUCCGUCAAUCUUCCACAGAUGAUUCCGAGGGACGACAACCGAGCAUCUCGUCGCAAAGCAACAAAAGUCAGGAGGGUGUCAUAAACUCGGCGUUCACCGAGGAGAAGUUGCAUGACGUGCCAGACAUCUGCGACUGCGAUAAAGAAGAAUACAAUAACUUUGGUUCUCCACAUCAGCGUGAUGACUCUUACCAGCAUUCACAGAUUCCAGAACCAAUUGAUAUGCCCGUAAUCGGCGGCGAACCGAGUUGUGCGAGUAGUUCGAAGCAUCUGAUAAAAAGAAAUCAAUCGAUUAGCGAUUCUAAAAGAAAAAAGAGCAUCCAAUGGCCAAAAUUAUCCGGCAAAGCAUUAAAAUUUCGCAGAAGAACUACUGAUAACAUACCCGUGAUAGACACGAUGAUGAGUCGUACCAGCUCAAGCUCGCCGAACUUGAGAAAUCUAGAAGAACGGAAGACUGCGCGAAGUGUCAAAAUUGAUUCUUCUUGCAAAGAAGAAGGCGAUUCCAAGCUGUGAAUGAUGUAAUGAGUUAGUGUUUCAAUAUAAUUUCUGCAAAAUUUAUUCUUAAUUUGUGUAAAUCUCUUGAAGAUAGAAAUUUUUUGUUAAUGAAAUUCUUUCCCACUAAAGAAUUCAGUGUAAACAUUGGACAUUACCCUCUUCUCUCUCUCUCUCUCUCUCUUUCUC